UGUUGGCUAAGUACGGUUUUUAUAUAAAUUAAGGCCAAUUGGACAAGCAAUCGACCAGCUAAGAUGAGCUUAUCUAGCUAGGGAGGUGAACAACCCAAAGCUCCAUAUAUGACACCGUCUUUAUAGCUAGUUCACAGAGAGAGAGAGAGAGAGAGAGAGAGCUCUAGCUCUUCAAUGGUACAAAGGACUGUCCUCAAGGUUGAUAUACAUUGCCAAAAAUGCCAGAGGAAGCUUCUCAAGGCGGUGUCUGUCCUAGAAGGUGUGGAUAAACUUGAAGUUGAUGCAGCCAAGGGAACUUUGACGGUAACAGGCGACUGUGAUCCCUAUGAAAUAAUUGUUCGAACUAGAAAAGCAUGCAAAUAUGCCGAAGUAGUGAGUAUCGGGCCUCCUCCUAAACCUCCAGAAAAGAAGCCCGAACAGACGAAACCUAAAGAGAAAGACCGGAAGCCCUGUCCCAUGCCCUAUUAUUGCCCUGAGCCAUGUCAAAGGUGGGGCAUUGUGAGGGUGGAUCCCUGUUAUGACCACAACCCUUCCUGCUCUAUCAUGUGAAAAAGUCAAAUAGUCAACCCAUGGUCAAUUUGUCAAGUUCAAUAAUUUUGUAUCGUGGUGGUUGUAUGAUCAAUUUGUUAGUUUGGAUUAGGGUUUGUUAAGCUCUCAUUCGAGUGUUGAUUGGCUGUAGAUUUUUAAUUGUUGAUGCAUGUGGUUUUUAAUAUGAUUUACAUGCAUCUAUGUUAAACAUUAUCAUUUUUCAUGAUGACUGACCUAAUCAUACUCUAAAAGUCAUGUGAUUUCAAUUCGCAGACAAGAAUAAAAUUGAAGCUUGUAAAAAUUAGAGUGAUUAUGUUGA